AUGUUUUGGAAACAUAUCACAUUCAGCAGAGGGUCCAUCUAUGCCGAGUGUAUGAACUCAACUCAUAAGUAUGAGGGAGAAAUCACGGAAUUGGAAACGUCGAUGUUGACACGACCUCGUAAGAGAUCUAACACUGUUGAUAAGGCUCCGCAAAGAAAGGUCAUCAAGCUUGAAGAUGCGCAAAAGAGCAAUAUUGCCACACGACAGGUCCCGCUGAUUCUAUAA